CUGUUCUUCCAGAUAUUCCCUGAGCCUUACAAGUUCAAACCUGAACGAUUCAUAGAUGAGUCGGGCAAUUUGAAGAAGGUUGAGGAGCUCGUUCCAUUCUCCAUUGGGAAAAGACAAUGUCUGGGCGAAGGACUGGCGAGAAUGGAGUUGUUCUUGUUUGCUGCAAAUGCUUUCAAUCGUUUUAAGGCUAGUACACCGUCAAUAUGGAGAUAUAUGAAAGUUUUCAGUUUGAACCCGAUGGAGACCUACCAACGAUUAAGAAAGUCUUUGCUGCUACCAUGGCGCCGCUAG